UUGCAGGACUGUUAGCAAUAUGGGAUGAAGAUCUAUAGGUUUUGGUCUAGCUGUUUUGUGGCCCAGCCAUGAUGUUAGGCCUGUGGAUGACACUCAUGAAACCUCUGGAGAUUGAUAAAGAGAUAUGGAAUUUGUGAAAGAUUGGGUUGCAUCUUGUGGAGAGGAUGAAGGAGCAUACAUUGAGCUUCUGGAAAAUGAGGACCUCAUCAAUGCCAUCUUUCAGUUCCUUGAGGAUGAACUGAACCACUCAGGAAUUGAGGUAUUGCUGAAAGAAUUAUGUGACAUCCUUCAUCACAUUUAUUCACUGAAUGAUCCUCAAUACACGAAGGCCGUGGUGGCAUUUCUACCUACCCUUGUUUGGGCGUAUCUCCACUCCUUUCUACACUCCAUGCAAAAGAAUAGCCAGAGCCUGGAGGUCCUACUCUUGUUUAUCCAUAACCAAGAAUCCUACAAUACUGUGGACCACAUUCCUGUGAAGGAAGGAUUCCGUAUCCCCACCUUGGCUUUGGGAUCACUUUAUCACAAUCCAGCCUUGUUGCAGAACAACGUUUUGACAGAGGCAGCCCUGCGUCGUUUGGAAGAAGGUCAUUCGGUGCAGUGGAGACCUAUCCCAGUAGUGGAUGCCAUGACAGCUUAUUCCCGACUCCCUGUCUUGGCCACUCUUCUUCAUGUUUACAAUCGCUAUACUCCUGUACUCAAGGCCUUGUUUCUCACUGCUCUUUGCACUGCUGCAUCUCGGAUUACCCUAAUGGGGUUUAGGAAGCUUUUGAAGUCUGAAAGCACCAAGAGCCUUCCAUCAUUGGGAGAUGGGCUCUCCAGUCCAGAGAAACGCUUUCCAGUGUCUGUUGAUUUGCUCCUUGAGCUCCUCACUGCUGCCUAUGUUUCAAUGUACAAUGGAUGUAGUGAUGCUGCAGCCCAAACAAUAAAGGAUAUUGAAUGGAGAGCCAGAUAUGAGCUGUAUCCUGAAGUCCUCCUGGUCACAUCUGCUAUCCGAAAUUCUACCAACAAUUUCUCAGGAGAAGCAGGUCCAAUGGGGAUUCAUGUGCAGACAUCCUUACGAGAGAAGGCUCCUGCUAUGUCCAAGAAUCUCAUCACAAAUGCCUCCUUCCGAACCAAGAAGCUCCCUGAGGACAUCCCAGUGCAGGCAGGGAGUCCUGACUCAGUGGGCACAGGUCCCUUGGCUUCCAUUGUCGAGGAGAAGGAUAAAGAGAAGAAGGAGGAGAAAGAGGAGGCCACCUCUAAGGGUUUGAAAGGCAUUCCAUUACGAAUUGGUCAAAAGGUCCUGCCCCGUGCCUCCCCAUUAGUCUUAUCCAAAAGAGAACCUAUUUCUAACAACAUCGAAAUGGAGGAAUUGCAAAGCUAAGCCUGUGAUCAUUCCCCACUUUUCCUAUCCUCUACUCCUCAUCAUCAUCUUCAUUCAUUCCCAUCCCAACAUAUUCAUUAUUAUUAUCAAAUUAUACUGUAUAUGUAAACAAACAGAAUAAAGUCAAACUGUGAUCCUGC